AAUGCCAAACAACCCCUUCAAUCUAAAGUACCCAAGUAGCUACAAUCCUCCUCUGUGUUUCUUCUUUCUCUGAAUCCAAUUCCUCACCAUGUCGUCUCAGACUGUUGUUCUCAAGGUUGGAAUGUCAUGCCAAGGCUGUGUUGGGGCUGUCAAGAGGGUUUUGGGCAAGAUGGAAGGUGUAGAGUCUUUUGACAUUAAUAUAGAAGAGCAGAAGGUGACAGUGAAGGGGAAUGUGCAACCAGAUGAGGUUCUCCAGACUGUUACCAAGACUGGAAAGAAAACUUCAUUUUGGGAAUCGGAAGCACCACCGCCACCACCACCAGCUCAGCCUGAAUCAGUGCCUUCAGCCCAAGCAUUGGAGGAGCCACCAAAACAGCCUGAAUCAGGGCCCCCGGCCCAAGCAGUGGAGGAGCCACCAAAACAGCCCGAAUCAGGCCCCCUGGCCCAGCCAUCAGCAGAGCCACCAGCACAGCCUAAACCGGAGCCUUCAACAGCUGUUGCCACUGCUUGAUAUCACUAUCAACAGCAACUUCUUGUUGACAAGUACUACUGGGAAUCUAGGCAUGCAUGUGUUAUCUAUGUGUUGAAGCAAUUUAUGUGAAAUGCAACAAUUUAUUAUAUAUAGCUACUGGUGGUGGUGGUGCUUGUAACAUAAUAAAAACCACUCUUAUGUUCUACAAUUCCUAUUGCUUGUUCAGUGUUAAAAUGAUAAUGAGUUUUAUA